AUGGUUCAGUAUUGUUCGGGAGACAACGAUACAGAUGUGGUUCGGUUCCUCGAUACUCUGACUGAUCGGACCGGAGCGAAAGCCUAUCGCCUGGCAUCAAAAUGUGACAGCGCCGGCUACACUUUGAAUAGGAUGACCGGCCAAUGUCUGAAAGUUGUGUUAACGACAAAAAGUUAUGUAGACGCCAAGCAAUACUGUGAAGAUGAGGGAGGUGUCUUAGCGAAGCUAGAGAGUACAGAGAGGAUGAUAGGAGCAAUCAACAUCACACUGAUAUAUUCCGAUAAAAAUGGAUAUCUGGUUGGGGCGACAGACAUAGCGUCAGAAGGUGUUUGGACCUGGCAAGAUGGCACACCUGUAGAAGGAAUCGACGUUCUCUUCAACAACUAUGAUGCCAAGUAUGAACCAGGACGUCCAGCUGACUGUGGCUCCUUAUAUAAAAGUGUUAGGAUAGGAGACAACAGGUGUUUUGAGAAGAGACAAUUCAUUUGUGAACGAAGAGACUUGGAACCGCUUUGA